AUGGUUAUAGUGUCUACGACCGGCUACAUAAUAUCAGUCCUUGGACCAUAUUUUGCAGACCAGAAAAACAACGAUGCGAGCAUCCUGAAGCACAACAUUCAGUCCAACAUGGAGAACAUCAAAGAUUGGCUGCAUCAGGAGGAUGUCCUCUUAGUCGACCGUGGCUUCAGAGACUCAAUCAGUUUCCUUGACAGCUUGGGAGCCAAUACUUCGAGACUGGUCACCAAAAUCCGUUGGAUUGUUGAGUCGGUAAAUGGACGACUGAAACAGUGGAAGUUUUUGCAAAAUGUUGUCCCGAAUACCCAGAUACCCUUCAUCAGGGAUUAUGUGUGCUUGGUUGCAGCUCUCUGUAAUAAGUACAGACAACCCUUAAAUGCUGGAAACCCAGAAAAUGAUGUGAUUUUAGCCGCUAAAAUGAAGUACUUAGCCUCUCAGACAAACAAACUUCAGGAGAGAGUGGAGUCUGAAGGACUACACAGAAGAGUCAAGUCAUGGACCCCAAUCAAUGCUGCUGAUUCAUUGGACUUUCCAUGUCUCUCAGAGGAGGAUCUGUGUAAUUUGACUAUUGGUGUUUACCAGUUAAAGCUGGCUAAGGGGUACACUGCUCAGCACAUGGAUGAAGAAGGUGAUUAUGUCAUCAUGGUAAAUGCUGAUAUUCCUGAUGUUCUGCGGAUAAGGAUCCAGAGUCGACAUAUUUCAAGUAAACAAUACCUUCUUUGGAUAGAGCACUCAGAGGGAGCUGUUACUGGUUGGUAUUGCCAGUGUCGUGCUGGAGCAAGAAUUGUCGGGGCAUGUGCCCAUGUGGCCUCAGUUUUGUGGUUUCUCGGCUACGAGAGACACAAUAACUUUGCAGUGAGACCAUACUCAAGACUGGGCUGA